UAUACUCGCCCGCCCUCCCUAGCCAGCGCUGCCAGGCGUCACUCGACCGUGCUCGCAGCUCAUCAAGCGACGAAGCGACGGAGCGAAGCUAGACCUGACAUGGCUAGCGAGCGACGACUGACUCCCGACAGAGCCCUGGACUCGUAUGCCGGCUCCCGUCAAGCCAGACAGGAUGGACCGAGCGAUGCACGAGCGCCUUGGCAGCCGUAUGCCCACAGCGAUCAGCAGCAGCAACACCGCAGCUACGCUCACACUUCUCAGGAUCGCAGACCGAGAGACGAUGGCUUCUUCGCAGCUCGUCGACAGCAGCGGGAGAGCUCUUCUCUCACCAUCUGGCCAGACUCGCCUCCCCGACCUGCCCCAGAGAGCUCGGUCGGGCAAAGAGAGCCUAGCGGCAGUAGCAGGAAGGACAGGCACAGAUCCUCGCGCCGUGAUCACGGCUCGUCGAGUAGGCGGCGGCAUCAUGACUCACAAGACGAGUCAGAGGGUCGGUACGCAGAAGACAAAGAUCGAUCAGACAGGAAACGACAUCGCGAUUCACGCAAGCACUCGAGCAGUCGCCGGCACCAAGCCAGCCGCGACGAUAGCAGAGACCGAGAGCCAAAGCGGAUGCGCCCGGACGAUGAUCCGAUGUCAGCCUCUGAUUCGGACAGUCCAUCACCGGGAGAUGCAGUCAGCAAACAUAUCCAACACGCUGUGGACGAGGACGACUUGUGGGUCGAAAAGGGGCCGCCAUCGAGCAGCAAAGUCCGAGCAGCGAGCCCAGCUGCUGACUUCGCUUCACGAGGCAACAGUGUCGCAGCGGCAGUCGUCAGAUCUGAGAUUGCGCAGGCAGCCGAAGAGUCUGAUGAGGAAGUCGGGCCGAUGCCAGAGGGCUUCACCAAAGGUACCAAACUCAACCCCAAAGCAUACGGGCUGGCUCUGCGACCAGGUGAGGGCGCGGCGAUGGCUGCCUACGCUGCCGAGGGUGCACGGAUCCCUCGUCGUGGUGAAGUGGGCAUCGGACAGGAAGAGAUCAACCGUUUCGAAUCGGUCGGCUACGUCAUGAGUGGCAAUCGACACAAGAAGAUGAAUGCUGUCCGUCUCAGGAAGGAAAACCAGGUCAUAACUGCAGAAGAGAAGCGGGGUAUGCUCAAGCUACAGGCCGAGGAGAAGGCAAAGCGAGAGCAGCAGAUUGUGUCCUCCUUCAGAGAGCUGGUCGACACUCGUCUCAAGAAGGCCUAGUGGGGCUCGUUCGGCAGCAGACGAGAUGCGUUCCCUUAGAUGUUGUACACAGUCAGCCUGUUGCAAUGCUCCAACACUGACGAACUGUACGCAAAGUCGCCCGGCACUCC